AGAUAGCAACAAGUACACAAAAGUGCUACUUAAAAUCGAAUAACUUAUUAAAGUGAUCAAAAAAUUAAUUAAGAUUUUAUCAAGAUGUCAACUCAAGCGGUUGGUCCCGAACCCGUCAAUGUGGUCUGUCCCAGUUGCCAUCAGCAGGUGGUGACCCGAACGGAACCCAAAGCCACCACAAAAACCCAUUUGAUUGCACUCAUUAUGUGUCUGACCUGCCUUUGGCCAUGUGCCUGCUGCCUCUAUUGUACCCAAUGUGCAAGGAAUACGGAACAUUUUUGCCCCUCUUGUAAUGCCUUUGUCGGCACCUAUGAACGUUAAGAGGAUCGAGCAAAGGAUAAGACUUUUCCCCCAAACUGUUGGCUAGCAGUUCGUCAUGAAAUGUCACUAAUUUACCUAAUUUGCCUUUAAUCUUAUGCAAUCUUUUGAUAUUAAUGCAAAAAAUUUGUUCACCAAGAUUUUAAUAAAAUACAAAAACUUUCAAUAUAA